CAGUAGGACGGAACAGCCUUGAGGCGAGUGCCAACCAUUAAAAGCGCAAAGGCAGUGAUACACUUCCUACUAUCAAUCUGGCGCCAACAAGCAGGCAGCCUCGUUGCCCACACACAUAAAGCGCGAGAAUCUGCAAACGGUGUUUUAUCCUCUCAUUCUUCUAAUCUCAAACCCACCUACUCCCCCUAAUGGCGGUCGUUGGUCUAAGGCUUGAUACUAGCGUAAAUUUUAUAGCACAAACACAAAUUCAUGCUGUCUUUCUCUGUCAUGGUUUAUGGGGUAGACCGGAGCAUAUGCACACUCUAAGGAGGGUCUUGCAGCAGCGGGCGGACUCCACUGGGCACAUUUUGGAGGUCCACUGCUGUGAGAGUUACUCCGACGUCAAAACUUAUGAUGGUGUUGAUGUCUGUGCGGACCGCGUUGUCGAAGAAAUUCACUCCAAGAUCGAAGAUUACCGGAAAGCGUCCCAAGAAGUACGGAAGUUUAGUAUACUAGGAUACUCGUUGGGCGGCCUCAUAGCUCGUCUGGCUGUUUACAUAUUGGACAAGCAAGGGUUUUUCGAGAGGAUCCACCCGUGCAAUUUCACUACGGUUGCGUCCCCAGCGUUGGGUGUCCCGAUAACUCCUGGAGCGGUGUCCUCAGUGAUGGGGGCUGUAUCGUCUUUUUUCUUGUCACGGACUGGGGAACAGCUGUAUCUCAAAGACAAGUAUUCAAAAUCGGGGAAGCCACUCGUUGAGGAGCUCGCUUCCCAAGAGUAUCUGGCAACACUGAACAAGUUCGAAAAAAUUGACGUGUAUGCGAAUGCUGUACUGGACCGCGUUGUACCUUAUCUGACUGGCGGCAUCGACGACUCGGAUCCGUUUUUGCCUGCAUUAGCAAAGUCAGGGGUCUUCCGUGCACCAGCUGAACAAUCCGUUGUGAUUGGUGACAUCGAGCUGACCCUGGACCCAAAGUACCCGGGGCUCAUUUCGGGCGUCAAAAACCGCCCGGUGCCUACCAGAGAGCCGAAAGGCUCUUGGGAGAAGCCGGCCUUCUGGAUAUCCAUCAAGCCAUGGUUUUCUCCCUCCACUUAUCCUUUUCUGCCCAAACCAUUGGACAUAGGUCUUGUCAUCCUCAUCCCUACCAUUAUUCCACCCAUUAUUCUGAUCCUGGCCUCAUUUACGUUUCACCGGAUUGCAAGCUUUUUGCGGAUCAGAAAGCAUUUCCGCAGUAACCCAUCUGCGGCUGAUUCGGAAAGGAAAUCUCACCCCCACUUCGAUUUGGAGUCACAAAAAACCAAAGUCACUAAGGAGCAAUCCAACGACAGCAAUCAACUCUCAACCCUUGUUUCGGAUGCCGGUACGAUUGCAAUGGACAUGGUGUCAUCGCCCACCUCUGAUCUAGAAGUGGGCCUCGAUAUAAGUGGGCUUCAUACUGGAGGGUCUCGUCCAGCUCUGCAUGAUCCGCAGAAAUCUAUGGCGCUUGCCAUCAAGGCGGGCCUACCCAAAAUGAAGAAACACAUCGCGUUCUUUCCUGGCGUGUUUACCAGCCAUAAGAUGAUUAUUUGUCAAGAUGAACGUAUUACUGAACACAAACGGGGAUUGGAUGUGAUUAAUCACUGCGUAGAUCAUUU